AUGACCACUGUAGCAGCGUCUUCGUAUGCUUUUCCAAUUCUCAGUGUAGCAGAUAUUGUCAAUUUUAUCAAGCAACGCUUUCCAAACAUUGCCUAUGUUACUGCGGAUGAUAUCAACAAACCUCAGACAAGAAAUGUCAAGAAAUUAUAUGCUGUAUUCAUGGAAAGUUUAACAGGAUUCGAUGGCAAUUACCAGCCACGUUUUGCGGCGUUAGAAAACUGCCAAUUUGCUGAUUCGAUACAAGAACCUUUAUCUGUAGUGGUCUUCUCAAUGGUGCUAUCCAAAGUACUAAAAGACUCUGGUGUUAAUGGUGUUAACUUGGACGAUAUACUUUCACCAGCAAGAAAGAAAACCAUCCGCAAUUUGAGUGCUUUAAUCAACUUUCAACGAUUCGUCGAUUCUCAAAUACACAUUUUCGAAGAAAGCGCAUCAGUAGCUGUAAGUAUCGAUCAAUAUAUUUUUGUAAACUUUUUCCAGCUAUUACCUCAAGUUGAAAAUUUAGAAAACGAAUUGAGUCGAUUUGAUGAGCAGCAGAUAAAAUUCAGAAAAAACAAAGCAGAAUUGGACAAAAAUGUAGAGAAACUUAAUCAGCGAAUUGUUGCUUCUCCAGAAAGAUUGCAAAGCACUUUAGCCAGCUUGACAACACGCAUAGAUGACUGUAGAAAAGAAAUAGAAGAUAAACGAAUCAAAAAUGAAGAGAAUGUUGAAAAAAUUAAUAAAUUGUCUGACUGCACAGAGGCAUGCGAUGAACUAACUACCUUAUGUAAAAGUACACUUACCGAAAUGGAUCGAUACCGUAAUUGUAAUCCUACUUUACACUGCCAUAGCGAGAAUGUCCGAGAGUAUGAGGCAGUCGUUGAUUUACGAAUAGAAAAGACUGAAGCAUUGCGUGAACUAAAUCUCAACGUCCAGAAUUUAGAACGAGAAUUGCAAUCAAAACGAGACACACUGGCUACUGUAAGAUCGCAAAACAAAACUAAAUUAAACCAAGUUGAAAAAUUACUCGAAGAAAAGCAAAGGGAGCUUGCUGACUUUCAAAAGAAAAGGCAUGAAGACAAUGAACAAGCAAUGGAGCUAUCUCAUGAAAUGGAUGCUAUUAAAGCAGAAAUUGAAAAAUCGAGAAAUGAGCAUGCUGGUAAAAUCAAGAAAGCUGAGGAUACUUAUGAACUUUUGCUACAAGAGUUGGAUAACUACCAUCAGAAAUUAGCGGAAUCAUGGAAAGAAGUCACCGACUCCUUGGAAAUAAAACCAACGAUACCAUAA